CGUGACAGGCAUCUUCACGUCUCGGGGAUGGAGCCGGAAGGGGAAUCGCCGCUUGAGCGGCUGCAGAAGCUGCCUCCAGAGCAGGGCGCCGGGCUUCUUCACAAAAUCAUUGAUGGCAUCUGCGGCCGGGCUUAUCCUGCCCACCAGGAUUACCACAGUGUCUGGAAUUCAGAGGAAUGGAAGCUUGUUCUAGAAGAUGUUACCACGUUUUUCAAAGCUGCCGUUGGCAAAAAUUUUUCUGAGGAAGAGAUACUCCAGCAGCUGAACCAACUGAAUUCAUGCCAUCAAGAAGCCGUUUUGAAAUGUUUAAAGAGUAGGAGAAAUGAAAUCAAGCAGGCCCUAUUAGGAGAAAUAGUUGAUAUUUCUUGUGCACAGCUGCAGGAUUUUGAUUGGCAGUUAAAGCUCGCGCUGUCUAGUGACAAGAUCGCCACUUUGCAGAUGCCCCUUUUAAACCUUCAUCUGGAUGUGAAAGAAAAUGGUGAAGUGAAACCAUACUCUGUUGAAAUGAGUAAAGAGGAGUUACAGAAUCUGAUCAGCUCCUUGGAGGCAGCUAAUAAGGUGGUCCUGCAGUUAAAAUAACUGGAAGUGGUGAACAGCAACGCUCUCAGAUUUCAGGGCUGCCCGUGGCAGAGCGGAUGCUGCGUUCAGAGGGUGGAUGCUCCGGCAGGCUGAGCGGGCAGCAGCGCCGAGAUUACAGAGAUGAAAGUCUGUGAGAAACCCUAAAGGACAGGAAAUUGUGUGGCUGAUCAGAAGUGCGCAGGAUGAGAGAAGAAAACGCUGAAGUCGCAGCCCGUGUUUUCACAGUGAUUGCUUUGUCUCAUUUAUUAAAGAGCUGAGAAAACUUUCUAGAUAAUGUUUUAUCAAAAGGUAAAAAUAAGUUCUGAAGUAAUGUAAACACGCAGCACAGACAUACUGGACUGUUCUUAUGCAAAUUGCAAGACAUGUAUUCUCACUAUAUAAUUUUCAAUAUUUGAAAAUAAUGUUUUAAGGUAUAUCCAAGCUGCAUACGAACUUAGGAGGUUCUGUGUCUUUCUCAUGUUUCAAAGAAAAGACUAGUUGUAAAGUUUUAGAGAAAAGUCUGUUAUCAGACAUGAACAAGAAAAUAUUUUAAAAUUUGCAUGUAUAAUUUGGGAAUAAUUUGAAUAACAUAACAUUCCUGAGAACUUUAUAAAGUAAAACAAACUACAAAACCGAAAAUAACAUUGGUUCUUUUUCACAUCCUCACUUCCUUCAGGCCAUGGUCUGAGGAGACGAGAGCGCUGUCAUGGACGGUGGGAUUACACUUCGUUAUUCAUAUACAAGGCUGCUUUAUAAGGCUUUAUAUGGAAUUUGAGCUUUUAGAUGGUGACAGAGUAAUUGUAAUACAAACCACUUAUUACCUCAGCUAACUGAAAAUAAGCAUUCCGAACAAAUAAAAGUGUCUGGUUGUCUCUU